CUGGUUAGUAAUAAGUGAAGCUGGUAAUGCUGUUUGUGAAGUUGUUGAAUCAGAUCUUCAGAGAUUUAAAGUCUUUUAUCUUCAGUUCAUCUAAGGCUGUGGCUGAAGAAAGUUGUAGUUUGUGUUCCUGUUGUUUUUCUUUCCUCUGACAUUAAGAAAACUAGACAUUUUGACGUUUCCAUAACCAAAACGAAUGUUUGAAAAACGUGUUAGCUGGGUUGCAGCUUUUUGUAGUUGUAUGUUACUCACUGCAGGUUUUAUUUGUGUAUUAUGUAGUGAUUUAUGUGAAAUGCAAGCAGUGUUUCAUCUUAUUAAAUGUUUUGAAAAGGAUAAAGCUCAAUAUAUUUUACAUAAUUAUUUAGACUGAUGUGACGCACAGGAUGAAAUGCUUUGCCUAAUAAAAUGAGAAGCAGGAAACAGACUCGAAGAUAACUAAAAACAAAUCUAUACUAAUAAUACAGAUCUUCAACCUUUACAUAUAUUAUUUAUUUAUUAAACAAACUCUUUCUGUUGACUUCUGCUUUAGCAGUUAUUAGCUUGUGAUAAGUUCUGCAGAACUAAAUUGGUAACACUUGCAUUAGCAGAGAUAUAUAUAUUUCUACAAACCUUCAUUUGUAUUCAUCUGAAGAAAGAACAUCAUAGAUGUCGAAUGACGUGGGUAAAAGAUGAGUAAAAAGUGAGGACUUUAGCAUUUGAAAUGAAAUAUUGAUUAAAGAAGUGUCUACUGUUUUGAAAUAAGUUGUUUUUUCAAAUAAAGGAUUCGAGUCAGUGAUAUCAGCUGGUGUAUGUGUUUUUAUUGUACUUAGCCUGUAACUUUAUAGAGCAAGAGUGUAACAAGCACCACUUUAAUUUACAGCCUGUAAUGUCACACUUAUCCUGUAACUUCAUGAAACAAGAGUAUAUUUCCCCAGUAUUUAAAUAAAACUUGCAAUAGUUUUACUUGCCUUGAAACACUGAAGCCCAAACUUAAUGAGUGCUUUUUUGCUUUUAAAAAAUUACUGUAUAAACGCACUGAUAUGUACCUGUAAAUUAAAAAAAAAAAAAAAAAAGUUUUAUGUAUUGGUACACUAUUAUUACAAAAAUCUACGCAGUUUUUUUUUUAAAAAAGAGGAAGUGAAAGAGUGAGAAGUGUGUUCACUUACUACUUGUUAUUAUAAUUUUUUUUUUUUUUUUUUUUUCAUUCAAAAGCCAGGAGCAUAAUUAUGGGAAACUUGUACCUGUGACAAAUACAGCAGCAGAAGACAAAGCAAGAGGAAGUCUGCUUCUCAUCACAUUUAUGACAAAAACACUAUCAGGAAACACUGAAACACACAGAGAGCUUCAGAAGAACUGAAUCUACUGACAACAGAGAAGAUCAUUUAAUAAGAGAGAAGAAUGAAGAUCAUCUUGACUUUCACUCUGCUGAUGAUUCCUGGAGUCGUGAACUCCAACAGUGUGACAGGAGAUACAGGAGGAGAAGUCAUGAUCACAUGCAAUUAUGAUAAAAUAUAUACAGAAAAUAAAAAGUAUUUCUGUAAAGUACAGUUGAAAACAUGUUCUGACCUCAUCAAGACUGAUAAGAAAAAUAAUUGGGUUCAUUCCGGAAGAUUCUCUCUGUAUGACAACGACACAAGAUCAGCAGUCUUUAAUGUGACCAUCAGAGAUCUGAGAGAACUGGAUUCUGGGACGUACUGGUGUGGAAUUGAAAGAGUUGGAGAAGAUUUACACACUGAAGUGAAUCUGAAGGUUAAAAGAGAGCCAAAGACAAAUCCACCACCUUUGUUACCAUCAUCAUCAUCAUCAUCAUCAUCAUCAUCAUCACCAUCAUCAUCAUCAUCAUCAUCAUCAUCAUCAUCAUCGUCUCUGAUCAUCAGUGUGACUGUGAUUCUGCUUCUGCUCAUCAUUGGAUUCAUGUCAUGCAUUGUGACUCUCUACAAGCGUCAGACUCGAGACGCUGAUUCAGCUGCUAAAGUGUCUGAACCUGGAACAGAAAACAGUGAAGCGGUUCCUCAAACGCUGCACAUUUACGAUGAGAUUAAAGGCACCAGGCUUAACUGCAAAACCACCCAGUUACCCACAAACCCCUCUGAUUCUUGUAAAACUGUUUACGAUUCUGCUAAAUUACCCAUAAACCCCUCUGUGGAGUGGCAUAAACAGAGCAAUAAUCAGUUACCCCAAAACCCUUCUGACACUAGCACUGUUUAUGCUACUCCACAAUUACCCACAAAUCCCUCUGAUUCUCCUAAAACUGUUUACGAUUCUGCUAAAUUACCCAUAAACCCCUCUGUGGAGUGGCAUAAACAGAGCAAUAAUCAGUUACCCACAAACCCAUCUGACACUAGCACUGUUUACGCUACUCCACAAUUACCCACAAUCCCCUCUGACACUAGCACUGUUUACGCUACUCCACAAUUACCCACAAUCCCACCUGAUUCUUCUAAUACAGUUUAACAGUUUGCGGUUUUAAAUGUCAGGUGAUUCAUAUUUGGAACCUUUUAUAGGUUUCCAUCAUUUGCUUUAAUUCAUUACUUUUAGUUACAUGAAUUUCUUAUUUUAAUGAAAUUUUAUGGGUUAAGCAGCUUGUAGAAAAUUUAUAAAUAACCUAUUAAACAUGAAAUAAUUAUGCAAUAAUUGAAGAAAUCUCUCCUUACUUAGAACAUUUUUAUCUUAAAGGGUUCUUUAAAACUGACUCAAGGGGCCUCAUUUAUAAAAUAUUAAGUAGAAAAUGUCCUGCAUUUGAUCUUACCAUCAUUUCUCAAAUGCUGCGUGAUUCAGGGAAGUCACGCUACAUUGAACAUCAAAUGUGCGUGAAGUCAAUAAUUACAGAAGUAGUAGUUGUUUAAAUCACUUUAAUGCAGUCAAGCGUCUGUUAUUAAAAUAAACAUGUUGAUCUGCUUUAUCUGAAAACACCUGCAACUGCUGAUAAAGAAGCAACUCAACAAAAGUCAAAGGUCAAGAGCUCAACUAAAGCAAACACUGAUCUCCAUGAUGGUGACCUCAAACGAAACAUUUUCAAUAAGACAUCAACAUCUAAACCUCUGUUAGGAUAUCUUACAUUAGCUUUACAGAAGUUGCUGAAAGUCAUUUGACCUUUUUUUUUUUUUACAGUAAACGGGUUUUAUUGUAAUAA